AUGUUAACGUUGAUUUUGUUGUGUCUAAUAUCAACCUCGUACUCAGCCAACAACUUUUUACCAAAUCCUUCCUUUGAGGAAGGUUCAGGUACUACCAUCACCGGGUGGUCCAUCUAUGGAGGUCAAUGUGAGUUGACCACGGCUACUGCCCAUACUGGAAAGCAGUCAGUACAUUGUAAAGAUACCAAAACCGAUUCAGCUACUGGAAUUAUUACUUACACAAGUAACCUCAUCCCUGGCAUUUACUACAACAUUUCAGUUUACAUCAAAAUGAGCAAUGUUCAAAACGGAUAUCUCUUGAUGUUUGCUGAGUCCAUGAAUUACAUUUAUGGCGUUUAUUUGAACUCCAACUCAAACGAAGUGUGCAAGACUGGAACAUGUAAUGAUAAGUGGUAUCAGUUCACUGCUCCUUCUGAAAUGUCUUUCCAACAGCAAAGAUACACAAUUCAAGUCAACUUGCGACCAGACAAGGGAAUUGGUGAGUACUGGAUAGACGAUUUCACUCUUAUUCCUGUCGAGAAGGAUGUUUUAGUCGCAAUAGAUCCAAUUACAUGGAGACAAGAAGCUUAUGAAGACCCAUUUGAAAUCAGGGUUGGUCUUAACACAAUAAGAACGACAUUGAAAACGGCGCCUAUCUGGACUUGA